AUGGCGAGCCAACAAGAAGGAGACGGCCGCGCUACGCGGGUCCAGGCGGUGUCCGCGUACAUGUGGAAGACCCUAGCUUCCGUGGUUGGGGCGGCUGACACGCGCUGCCGCAUGGGCUGGUGGGUGGACGGGCGGCGUCGACUCACGGCGCCAGAGCACCGCGCCCUCGCGACGAGCAGCUAUGUGGGCAACGUGUCCAUCUUCGUCUUGGGAGAGGACAGCGUGGAGGAGAUCCAGCGGAAGCCUCUGCCGGAGGUGGCGUCCAUGGUGCGCGAACUGAUCAAUGCGCGCGCGUACGACGACCGCUUCCAGGAGAUGGUUGACUGGGUGGAGCACCACAAGUCCGGCGCCACCUACAUGGACGCGUCCAACAUCGGGUUGGGCUACCCGACGAUGGUUGUGACGGCCUUCACCUCGUUUCCGAUGGACACUGACUUAGGCUUCGGCCACGCGGCAAAUGGCGAUGACGACAACGCGCGGCAGGGGGCUAUGCUCGGGGUUCGUACAGAUGGUGGCUACGCCUUGUUGAGUCAACCAUGGUCUUCGGUGAACAUGCAGCUGCAUGCAUGCAGCACCAGCGGCAGCCAGGAAGUGGUAGUUACUAGUAGUUUUCUAGUAGUACGCUUAGAUGGUGCAAGGAACUUACCUAAAGGUUUCCCUUGUAGUAUAUGGUAG